AACAUGAUUGCUAUGAAGAAAUGUAUGCGCCCCAAUGUUUAUACAAAGGUGCCUGAUGGAGGCUGGGGCUGGGUGAUUGCCGUGGCCUUUUUCUUUGUGGAAGCCUUCACAUACGGAAUCGUCAAUACUUUUGGAAUUUUCUUUGAUGAACUCAAAGACUACUUUCAUGAAAGUAACGACAAAGUAUCAUGGAUCUUUUCUAUCUGUGCAUUUGUCUUCACAGUCACAGCUCCUAUAGCCACUAUCCUGACUAAUAAAUUUGGACAUCGCUUUGUUGUCAUGGCUGGAGGAUUUCUUUCUAGUGUUGGCAUGAUCGCAGCUGCAUUUGCAACUAAUAUUUACAUAAUGUGCAUCACAAUUGGUGUUAUGUCAGGACUUGGCUACAGCCUAAGUUUCUUCCCAAGCCUCACCAUUUUGUUAAAGUACUUUGACAGGCGCCGGUCCCUGGUUAUUUCCGUUGCAACCACAGGGGAAUGUUUUGCAGUCAUUGUAUUUGUUACAGCAUUUACUGCACUUAUGCAUUACAAGGGCUGGAGAGUUUGCCUGUUUGUCAUCGGAGCUCUGCAACUUAUCAUCAUGGUUUGUGGAUUCUUGCUACAGCCAAUCAAUAUUGAACCGGAAGAAAAAACAAAACAACCUUCAGAAGUUGAGAAGCACUCUGCCUGUAGGCUUGAUAAUAAAGACAAGCUCACUUCUAUAGACACUACAGAUUCUGGAGUCGAAAUAUCUAAAUCUAAAUCAUGCACGAAUGCUGCAACCAAUACAAAAGCAGAGAUUGUGAUUGACAUGUCCAUGGAGGAGAAGAUGCUUGAGCCAGUAGAGCUUGAAAAGAAGGACAAGCUUUUACUUGAUUUUUCUGUAUUGAAAAAUACCAGCUUUAUAUUUUACACACUAUUUGGAUUAUUUUCUGUGUUUGGCACUUUUAUACCUCCCCUAUUCAUUAUUCCUUACAGUGUAAGUCUGGGCAUAGCUGAAGAACUUUCAACACACAUUCUUAUCCUCAUGGCCAUCGCUGAGCUCCUCGGAAAAAUUAGUGCAGGCUUUAUCAUGCACAAGGAGCCAAUUAAUAAGAUUUAUAUUGAACUGAUAUUUGUCAUCCUGCUGUGCCUAGCUCUUGUUGCCAUCCCUUUUGCUCAUACUUUUCUGGGACUGAUGGCCUGUAGCUUCUUUUACAGCUACAUGAUGGGGGCUGUUACAGCGACUUACAUCCCGCUAAUAGGGGAAAAGGACAUUGUUGGCAUCGAGAAGAUGGAAUCAGCAGUUGGAGUCUUUGUGUUUAUUCAAAGUUUUAUAUCACUGUUGGGACCCCCAUUAACAGGUAUGCUGGUGGACAAAACAAAAUACUAUGGUUCUGCGUUCUACGCGAGUGCCAUAGGCAUGGCAAUUGGUGCUGUAUUCUUGGGCAUUGUAAAACCUUGUAAAAAUGGAUUAUGGAAGAAUAAGGCACCAGCUACACAAGACUCCACUGAAUGUCAAGAUGCCCAAGACGUGCCAACAGACAUUGCAGAAGUAGAUGAUAACAUGUCAGUGACUGAGCCGUACUCCAGUACUAUAGGAAUGACACUUCGUGCCAUAUGGUUGGCCAUAGUAAGAACUUGCAUGAAUAGAGAGUGCAAGAAAAAGUCACUGGCUCCAAAAGACUACAAUGAAUGUCAAGAUGCCCAAGACGUGCCAAUAGACAUCGCAGAAGUGGAUGAAAACCUGUCAGGGACUGAGCCUUACUCCAGUACUAUAGGGCUGACACUUUGUGCCAUAUGCGUGGCCAUAGUAAGAUCUUGCAUGAAUGGAUGGUGCAAGAAAAAGUCACCAGCUACACUAGAUUCCUCUGUAAGCCAAGAUGCUCAAGAUGUGCCCAUAGAAAUCCCAGAAAUGGAUGGAAACCUGUCAGCGGAUUGAUUUGAAAUUCAUUGGACUCCUUGCCACCCUUGGGUUUUUGCACCCUUUCUGUCCAUUAGCAUACAUGUAGUGCAAGUUUUGUAAACAGUGGAAAUCUGAUAACCCUAAUCAAACAUAUGUAGGGCCAGUCUCUGUACUAAUAUCUAUGUCUUUAAUCUUUUGUUGACAAAAUAUUUAUUAAAUUACUGCAAAAUACACAGCUGAAUUGAAGUGUUUUACUAGCAUAUCAAAGUGAAUAAAAACUUUAUAUACUAACAUUA